CUCGCGGCCUGCGGAGCUGGAUGUGGGAGCGCCCAAGUCCUGGAGUCCAGAGGCCAAGGAGACAUGGCUGCCCCCCGCGACGCUGAGAUCCGGAAGGAUGUGCAGACCUACUACGGGCAGGUGCUGAAGAAAUCAGCAGACCUCCAGACCAGUGCCUGUGUCACUGCAGCCAGGCUCGUCCCCAAGCAUAUCCGGGAAGCCUUGAGGAAUGUACAUGAAGAAGUAUCCUCGAGGUAUUAUGGCUGUGGUCUGGUCAUCCCUGAGUGUCUGGAGAACUGCUGGAUUUUGGACCUGGGCAGUGGAAGUGGGAGAGAUUGCUAUGUCCUGAGUCAACUGGUUGGUGAGAGAGGACAUGUCACUGGGAUAGACAUGACGGAAAGUCAGGUAGAAGUGGCUAAGAAGUAUAUUGAAUAUCACAUGGAAAAAUAUGGCUUCCAGACACCCAAUGUGACUUUUCUUCAUGGCUACAUAGAGAAUUUGGAAGAGACUGGAAUCAAGAAUGAGAGUUAUGAUAUUGUUAUAUCAAAUUGUGUCGUUAACCUUGUGCCUAAUAAGCAACCCGUGCUGCAGGAGGCGUACCGAGUGCUAAAGCAUGGUGGGGAGCUGUAUUUCAGUGACGUCUAUGCUAACCUUGAAUUGCCAGAAGAAAUCAGGACACACAGAAUUUUAUGGGGUGAGUGCCUGGGUGGUGCUUUGUACUGGAAGGACCUUGCCGUCCUUGCCCAAAAAAUUGGUUUCUGCACCCCGCGUUUGAUCACUGCCAAUCUCAUUACAGUUCAAAACAAGGAAUUAGAAAGAGUGAUCGGUGACUGUCGUUUUGUUUCUGCAACAUUUCGCCUCUUCAAACUCCCUAAGACGGGACCAGCUGAAAGAUGCCAAGUGAUUUACAAUGGAGGAAUCACAGGCCACGAAAAAGAACUGAUAUUUGAUGCAAAUUUUACAUUUAAGGAAGGUGAAAUUGUUGAAGUGGAUGAAGAAACAGCAGCUAUCUUGAAGAAUUCACGAUUCGCCCAGAAUUUUCUGAUCAGACCAAUUGGAGAGAAGCUGCCAGCAUGUAGUGCCUCUUUUGCUUUAGGAUCAAAGAUUUAAAAUGACAUCCCUAGAAGCAAGUGUUGCCUUUGUCCUCCAUUCAUACAGAUGGGCAGACUGGAAAGCCCCUGGAAGUCACGAGAAGCCUGCACCAGAAGCCCCUCUCUAAGGAGAGGGUCAUUCUUGGAGCUAACAAGCCUCCAAACUGGAAGGAAGAUCCUUCUUUCUGAGGAAAAUGUGCCUGGCUUAGGUGUCUAGAUUGCUCUGUGUCUUGGAGCUACAUGAAAAAUAUGAACCCCCCCGCCCCCGGCACCCUGUGUGAAUUUGAGCUUGGUUUGUUUUUUAUUUUUA